AUGUCUUCGUCAAAGACCGCGACACCGGCAGCUCUACCCAGCAAAACCCCUGCUGUGGCAAGCACGAUCAAUGCAACGACCCAGACAGCACCCAUAAAGAUCCUGCGUCCAGGAAAAGUAGUGAUUCUUCUCAAUGGUCGCUAUGCUGGUCACAAGGCAUUUAUUGUCAAUCCAUUUGAGGGAAAUCCAUCCAAGAGCAGGUCCUUUGCUCACGCUCUUGUCGUUGGCAUCAAAAAGGCCCCAAUGAAGGUCACCAAGGCCAUGUCAAAGCGAAAGAUCAGAAACCGCUCCCGUGUAAAGACCUUCAUCAAAGUCAUCAAUUAUAACCAUCUGAUGCCAACUCGCUAUUCCAUCGACGUCGAUUUGAAAAAUGUAGUGAAUUUGGAUGUCGCCUCAGAUGCCUCCAAGCGCAAGAGUGCUUGUACCGUUGUCAGCAAGAAGCUCGAGGAGAAAUACAAGGUUGGCGGCUCCAAGUGGUUCUUUUCCAAACUCCGCUUCUAA